UCAUUUUGGUCUCUCUCUCUCUCUCUCUCUCUCUCUCUAUAUAUAUAUAUAUUAUAUUUAUAUGUAUAUAUUACUAAGAUUAACCUACUCCUACCCCAUUUCAAUACUUCUGCUAUUUGCAGCGGCAUUGUUCUUGAGAGCCAAGAUGGAGGAUUGCAACAGAGGCCAAGACUAUUUCUCUGCCCAAGACCAUGAGGCAACAUCUGCCAACAAAUAUGGAGGCCUUGCGCCAAAGAAGAAGCCUUUGAUUUCAAAGGAUCAUGAACGUGCCUUCUUUGAUUCAGCAGAUUGGGCACUAUGCAAGCAAGGUGCAGGGGUGAAUCCCAAAUCAACAGCAGCAGUGGAGACCUUACGACCAAAACUCCAGAGAACACCACACCAGCAGCUACCCCCAAGACGACCUGCUUGUACAUCUGGUCAUGAAUGAUAUACAGCCUCCCGGAGCAUGGAUUCGUCGAGGGCUCAGAGUAGUUUGUUGUUUGAGAGGAUUAAUGUUGAUUACCAAGCUAUAUGUAUAAUUAAGCAUUGAAAUUGGCUGAAUGUAAUAAUUGUCACUUAGCUUUUUAUAAUAAGAGUACGUAGUUCUUCUCUCCAAA